UCACGAUGAAGUUUGUCAUCCUAGCGACUAUUGUAGCCAUUGCAGCUGCUUACCAUGGACCGGAAGUUCCCAUUCAUCUAGACAGGAUAGAUAAACAGGCCGAAAACUGUCCAUGGAACCCCCAACUAGCUUCAUAUAAUCCAAAAGUGUAUGUAAAUAACGAUGCAGUCGUCUACAUAGUAGGCCACGGUCUUGAUGAAUACCAUGACAACUUCGCAAAACCAGGCGGUGGGUCUAAUGCAGACAUACUAUUUGAUUUCUUUUCACCAAAUUUGGGCGUGGAUACUAAUGGUUUAGGAACCGCAAUUGCUGGAGCAGUCGGUGGCUACUACACUGGUGUUGGAAGAAAUAUUUCACUUGAAGGUGUUAGGGUAAUUGAUGAACCAAGUUACAAGAAUAUUGAUAUGAAAAACUAUGAAGAUGGUCUUCGUGCAGUCGUCACUGAUUACAAAGGCAGGAAGGCAGAAAAUCCCGUGAAUUAUACCCGUGGCGUUGUACUGUUGUGUCCCUACAUUAAUGUAACAUCAGCUGAUACAACAGAUGUUGAAAUGUACAUUAUUGAUAUGCUGAAUGAAGAUCUAGUUGUUGUUGGCCCUACUGGGGACAGUGAAGAUGCUCCAUUUAAAAACUGUACCGAUUAUUUUCCUGGAAAUAUGGAUCAACAAGGGUUAAUUACAGUGGGCAAUUGUCUGAACAGUAACAUAUUACACCUGAACUCAAUACCUGGCGCUUGUAACGAGAUUUACGCACCUGGAUCAUAUGUAUAUACAUCGUAUUACGACAUUGAUGACCCAAAUAACCAUGACAAUUACGUGCAAGCGAAGCCGGGCUCUCCGUUGGCUGCAGCUUUAGUUGCAGGAGCUGCUGCUAUGGUGAGGUCAAGUUGCCCUGGUCUUGAUAAUACUGAGGUAGAACAAAAGAUUAUAGAAUUUUCAACAACUAAAAAUGACGAAGUCCGUCACCCAGUCACCAACGAGGUUGUGGGAUACAUGCUACGUUAUCCUAAUGAAAAUGACGCCUACGAGUUCUGCACACCACCUAUCACUGCGCAAUAUACAUAAUAAACCUGUGUUGCUGAAAUCAUUAUGAUCUAAAAUAAAUAAACAUAUCAAUGUUAAAGAUUGCGAGUAUGUAUUUAUGCAAAUAUAGACUUUUAGUGCUGCACAUAACCGUCAACAAAAAUCAUGACACAUGUGUAUUACACUUGUGUCACUUAAACAAUUAUGAUUUAGAAUAAAUAAAUCAUUAUUAAACAU